GGGAGGUUUUUUCAAGGUUACCCGUGUACUUGAUAGUUGUUUGCCUUGGUAUUUGACGGGCUCGGAAGGAACAUCGCUCUCUCUCUUCACAAUCAUAAUUCCGUCCCGUUUUUUUGAACUUUUUUUUUGACAAUUCGAUUAAAAACCAAAAAGCCUCGUUAUGAUGUCAUGGAGAGCGGGCUUAAAGUCCAAGAGAUUAGGAAAAGGUUCGAAAAUUUAAACCCUAGUAUAAUCACCCGUCCGGAGUUGUCUGAGAAGAAGAACGAGGUCGAAAACAGCCCUAGCAAGGGUGGCUGCGAGCCCCAGAACCGCGGCCUUGUCAAGCGGACGCCUGCUUUCCGUACGCCGAAGGGAAAGACGAAGCCGAAACGUCAGGAUGAGCUGACUGACACGCUCAAGAAAAAGCUCGAAGCUCCUCUGCCCGUCGGCCCAGCGCCGAAAAAACCGCCGAGGACUUUCGCCCACGGCAACACCGAAGAUAGGCCGCUGAUGCGAAGGUCCAAAACCGAGCCGCACAUAAUGCUGAAAAAGAUUGAAUCCGCCCUGCUGAGCAACCAGGCGCCUUUCCAGGCAGAGAAGCCGAAACCGGCACCCAGAACGAACAACAACCACGUCUACGACACUCCGAGCAACUCGAACAACAGACCCAGGCAGGGCAACAACUGCUUCCCUGUCUUCUGCAACCGGCGAGAGCCCCUCUACAUGGAGCCCUACGCACCAAAGAUCUCAACUAGGGAUGCACCGAACACUACAAAACCCAUGACUCUACAUUAUUUGUCGAGCCCGAUAAUGUUAGACAACCAAGUUUCGCAGAAUGGAGUCAAACCGAUUAUCAGUCUUUAUGAAAAUACAAUUAGAAAUAUACAAAUGAAAAUGUCAGAGCCUUUCAACAAUACCAAAUCAGAAACAGACAGUGAUGGCGAUUCUAUUAAAGACAUCAAAUCCAUCCAGGAGAAGAAAAUAUAUGCAAAAAGGAAUUGUUCAGUUAAAGAAUUCAAACGUUAUUCGAAUGAAGAUACGUCUAAUUUAAUUGAUGCUCUACUUUUAAUUGGCUUAGAUAAUGAUAUAAACAGAGGAAACGUUGGCUUCAUUCACUCCAAAUUUCCUAGAGAUAUUAAAGUGCCUGACAACUUUGCCAGUCUUAUCUUCCCGGAUGCAGACAACUGGUCUGUAGUUCAAGUCCCUGACUACAUCCCGAAAUCAGCAAGGCACAACAAUUACACAAUUUUUAUCACAGCUGCUGAUGGCUCGAGGUCGUUUGCUUACUGUAGGCGGGUACAGCCUGAGGGAUCAUUGGUGUGCCUUCCUUUAGCCUAUGUUAUACUUACUUCCCAUAGACCUAAUACUCUUUACUACAAGAUUUUAGCUACUGUUGAAAGCAAGCAUGGCAUACCCAAGCUGGAGUUUAACAGAUUUGUUAAUUUACUGCUUCAGGCUAAAUUUCCAAAAAAACAAGAAUCACUCCUAAUAGGCGAUUGGAGACUGCAUAGUUCUCUAGAUGAAAGGCAGGAAUCUUCAAACAUUUCUACGCUUUUACAAAUUCUAAGUGUGCCAAUCUUUAUACAGAUUUUAGCAAGUCUCCUACUUGAGAGAAAAAUAAUAUUGGUCGGGUCGUUCAUAAGCGUUCUUUCAGACUGCAUAGAAGGCCUUUUGAAAUCGCUUUAUCCUUUUGAGUGGCAGCAUACUAUUGUAUCCCUGUUGCCUAUUUCUAUGUCGGAAAUACUCCAAGCUCCCACACCAUACAUAGUUGGGCUUCUCAAAAACAGGAAAUGGCCGAUAAAGAAAAUGUUUUUUUCUGAGAUAGAAGAUGUGAUAGUUGUCGAUGUCGAUAACGGAACAGUAGUCAAGCGACAAGGGGACGAAGGUUCAAUCAUACCAGAACAACUUAGCAAGUCGUUGAAACAGGCAUUGUACCUUGUUCCGGUUCACAGCAUCGACAUCGCCCCUUCAGAAGCCCUCAUCAGGCUUUUUGUCGAGCUGGUUGGACAUUACAGCAACUUCUUGAUAAGCACAGUACCUGACAAAGAUCGACAAUUCCAAAAAGAACAGUUCAUAAAUGCCCCUUCAUCAAAAAGCGUUCGUCUCUAUCUCGAAUGGUUCACGGAAACAGCCCUUUUCCACACUUUUAUUAAACAAAGGAUGGAAAGAAGAAAUCAACUUGGACUGUUUGAACAAAGGUGUGCAGAAUACAUAGAAAAACGUGUUUCAAAAGGAAAAAAAGGCCUGAGGAAUUUUAGAGACUAAAAGCACAAUGGUGAACAAUAAAAAGUGCCCCACUGAAUUCAAAUCUAGUCAACAAUGUCUUUUCUCCCACUCAAGUUUUGUAUACUUAUUUGUGUUUCUCCAAACAGUUAGCUACUGUGAUGUAACUCUUCCCUCCAAAAAAAAAAGUGCCUUAUAUGUUUGAUUUUUACUUUUUGGUCUAAAAAAACCGGUAUUUAUUUCU